CAUGUAAAACCAAACUCUAGUCCAGGGGAAUAUAAAAUGGCGAAGGACCCCAAUGUGUCAAUUUGGGCUCCAUCAAUGGCCGACAGAGCAAGACUUUGAGGUCUCCAAUGGAGGAAAGAAAUUUCAAAUCCAAUUUUUAAACGAGAGAGGGCUUUUUGUCUUCUUCCUCUUCCUUUUCACGUGCUCUCUCUCAGUCUCGGCAAGCCCGAGGCAAGUACUUGAUCAACCUAGUAAGGUCAAGGAUUCAAGAUUCAGAUCUCAAAAUCCAGCCGUUUGAUGAUCUCACCGUGCUUUCUUCAGCUCCGCCAUGGCUUAUUCUGCGCCGGUCUUCCUGAUCCUCCUCUUUCAACUCCUGCGCUUUUCCUUGCCGUCAGCGGCGGCGGCUCAUUCAUGCUCAAAACCAGAACCCCUCUGUCCGCCGUUCACUUCCACGCCGCCUUUCCCGUUCUCUUCCUCUCCUGGAUGCGGUCACCCUUCCUUCCAAAUAAACUGCUCCUCGCCCCACUCCAUCAUCACCAUUAACAACCUCUCCUUCUCUCUCCUCCACUACGACCACAACUCGUCUUCUCUCCUUCUCUCUCCUCGACCCACUGAAUCGCUGUCGUUUCGCCGGAACUGCACAUCCCACUUCCCCUCCAUUCCCAACGGCUCUGUCGAUCUGUCCGGCUCCCCAUUUCGAGUGUCAGACUCUUCCUGUUCCCGCCUCUCCGUUCUCCGGCCUUGCCCGGAGCAGAAUCUCCCCAAUUGCAGCCACUGCCCUUGGGACUGUCGGAUUAUCAAAAACCCAGCUCAGCUAUUCGGCGGCUGUGAAGCCAGCCGCCAUCCUGCCGCCGAACAGGGUUGCCACGGCGAUAUUCUCGGAUUCCUCGACAAGUUUCUGCAACUGGGUAUCGAGCUCGAGUGGGACGAAGAUCAAGAUUCUUACUUCUCCAAUUGCAAGACUUGCAAGGCUGACAAUGGAGUCUGCGGGUUCAAUUCAUCGGAUCCCCGGAAGAAAUUCAUCUGUUUCCGGCUCCGGAGCCAAGUCCCGGCUCCGUGGAUUCGGCAGCAUGGCCCAAAUCGAACGGCGAUCUUCUGUAUAAUCUUCGUGUUCAUGUGUUUGCUGGCUGUUGUUUCAAUCGCUUCGGUUGUUCUGCGUUCGAAACGGAAGCCUUCGCCGGCGGAGGAAGACCCGGCGGCGCUUUACCUCCGGCGGCACCGCUCCGCCAGCCUCCUGCCGCCGGUGUUCACCUACGAGGAGCUCGAAAUCUCCACCAAUCGGUUCGACCCGAAGCGCAAAAUCGGCGAUGGCGGGUUCGGGUCUGUCUACCUGGGCCAGCUCUACGACGGCCGAAUCGUCGCCGUAAAACAACUUCACCGCCACCAGGGCGGUGGCGCCGCCAUUGCCUUCUCCACCAAGUCGUUCUGUAACGAAAUCUUGAUUCUUUCUUCGAUCAACCAUCCGAAUCUCGUCAAGCUUCACGGAUAUUGUAGCGAUCCGAGAGGGCUUCUCCUGGUCUACGACUACGUUCCGAACGGAACCCUAGCCGAGCAUCUCCAUGGAAGCAAGAAAAUUUACAGAAAAGGGUCGCUGACGUGGCCGGUGAGGGUGGAUAUGGCACUGCAAACGGCUAUGGCGCUAGAGUAUCUUCACUUCUCAGUUAUACCACCGAUAGUUCACAGAGACAUAACUUCUUCCAACAUUUUUGUGGAGAAGGAUAUGAGAAUAAAGGUGGGCGAUUUUGGGCUCUCCAGGCUACUGGUGUUGCCUCCGGACACGAACUCGACGGCGGCGUCGGCGGCGGGUUCCGGGUGCGUUUGGACUGGCCCGCAAGGUACACCGGGAUACUUAGACCCGGACUACCACCGUUCGUUCCGGCUGACGGAAAAGAGUGACGUGUACAGCUUUGGGGUUGUGUUGUUAGAGCUGAUAACGGGCUUGAAGGCGGUGGACCAGCGGAGAGACAAGAGGGAUGUGGCUCUGGCGGACAUGGCGGUGGCGAAGAUACAGAUGGGGCUGCUGCACCAGGUGGUGGACCCGUUGUUAGCGGCGGAGUGGAGUGCUGGCGAGGAGGCGGCGGAGGGCAUCGCCGCCGUGGCAGAGCUAGCGUUCCGAUGCGUGGCAGCCGACAAGGACGACAGGCCCGACGCCAGGGAGGUGGCGGCGGAGUUGCGCCGGAUCCGCGGCCGGACACGCGGCGGGGGGAUUUCGCGGGCUUCUUCGAAUUCGACGAAUGUGGGGGUUGCUGACGGGGCCGGGAUGGUCUGAGCAGGCCAGGUGGCGUGAUGAGAUGCGCGGAGGCUUGCCUUUGUUAAUGUUGAGCUUUGACUUUUUGACUAACACGUGUCACAAGAUUAUUGUGUUCUUGAUGACAAUGCGAAGCUCUGAUCAACGGUUUGUGCACUCUGAAUCAUCUCAAAUCCGAUGGGAGGCAUCUUUUUGUAAUAAGAAUUUUUUGUCAAAGAAUUGUUAUAUAAUAAUAAAUUUUCAUCCAAAUGAAAUCAGAUAAA